AUGGAGACGUCGGAGAUCGAGGCUGAGGGUGACGCCGAGGAGCGUGCCAACCGCCGGAAGCGGGAUGCCCUGCGAGGAGACAAGCCAGUUCAGUUCUCGAUGUUCGAUCCGGUAGUGGCCUACGACGCAAUUUCCAACAACUGGAUCAACGUGGCCGAGGUGGCAAAGCUGGGAAUCCAAGCGGCCCACAAGAAGCUGGGCGUGGCACGAGAGGAGCGUCUGGAGCUGCAAGUCAGCUUAGACAACUUGCGCCAGCAGCUGAGGGGCAUGCAGGAGCAUCACGUCCACCAGAUGGAUAUAAUGAAGAUCCGGCUCGAAAUCCUGGAGAAGAUUGCGAAGCGCAAGAAGAAGUACCGGAACGGCCAGGUGCCGACCACGGAGCAGCUUGAGCAGCUGCCCCGGCAUCGGAUGCGUGGCGGCGAGCAGACCACGGGCGGUCGAUCGUUGACCGUAAGCAAGGAGCCCCCUCGUUCGAGCGUGCGCCCAAGCAAGCCGCGCGGUAGCGAGAGGCGAUCCGGACAGCAGCGCGACAGCCUGAGCCACUUCCUGAGCCAAGAGGAGGACGAUGGGAGCUCCAGCGACGACUCCUCCGUUCAGGGCAUUACCCAGGAGCAGCAGACGUUGAUGGACAAGAUUGAGCCGCUGGGGAGGCAAGUCGAGGAGCUCAAGACAGGCUUGAGAAAGGAAGGGCAGAAGUCGGACGCACUUCACAAGCAGAUCGCAAAGCAGACUCACCACAUUGACAUGCUGGAGAACCGAAUCAAUGACGAGCUGAGCACCCGAGCCCUCUCGCUGCUCUUCAGGCAGGUGGUCUUUACGGACUUGCCCGCGACGCUCGAGAACUUUGUGCAAGACAAGAUGCUGGUCUUCCGCAAGCAAGUGGACGCCUUGGACCGGAAGAUGGAGGCCGAGAGUAGUCAGCGGAAGACUGCGAUGGAGUCGGUGGAGAAGAAAGUUACGGGCCUGACGGGACGCGUGGGCGCCUCCGAGGAGACGAUCCAGGCAAUCCAGGCCUUAGUGGACUCGAGGUCGUCUUCUUCGGAGGAGGAGGAGGAGGAGCAGGAAGCGAAGGCUCCAGAUCGAGAAACCGGAUCUUCUUUCACUCUAGAGUCGGAGAUUGAGGCACGGGACGUCCAUGCAUCAGCCGUGAGCCCCCGGAGCAGUAGGGCGGCCGAGAGCUUCCUGAGCCGCCCAGACUUGCACCCUGACCUGUGGAUGGCGCCUGACGCCGCAGGCCAUGAGCUGGAGGUCGAUGAUGGCUCUGGGAGCGCCGAAGAUUUUGCACAGGAGGAGGCAGUGGCGGAGGCGUCUGCAGAUGAGGUGAGCGGAAGACCGUGCCGGGUCAGCCUUCCGCUUCCCAUAGCCAAGCGGCAGCUGCCCAGCAACGCCAGCAGCCAAGAUCCGAGCCAAGUGACGGAGCUCAGCGCAGGGGUCGAAGGCGGGCUAGAUGAGGCCGGCGUGCCAAUGCCAAGGACCAGGACUGUCGAAACCUCCGAAUCAUCCGUUCUCGGCCCCGCAGAUGACGCAGAGGGGCAGGCGGAAACACAGCGAACGACCCGCUGGGACACGUCGUCCUCCAUUGCAAGUCAGUUCUUUCCGCGCACAAAGACCCGGAAGGGCUUCGAGGAGCCAUCGCCACAGGUGUCCCCAAAGAGUACGAAAGGGGGCUCCACGCGGCGCCGGAGCCGGCUUGAGAAGACAGUGUCGCAGAAGGAGCAGCCGGAGUCGGGUGACGAAGAGCUGGUGUCGCCCAACUCGAUGCGUGGGAUCGGAAAUCGUCGAGCGAGCCGGUCUCUUCAGAAGGUGGAGGAGGCGCUCACGGCGGUCAUCCGCAUGAAGCACGCAGGAGGUAGUGAGGGGGACAAGAGCUUCUCCCUGGAAGACUUCGCCACCUCCGCAGUCAACCUCCCCAUUAUGCAGGAGGCCCUGCAAGCCCAGAAGGAAGACGGCGACCGGCUGAGAGAGGGCCUCCUGGGCGUCUCAGAGCGCAUGGGAGCUUUGGAGGCGACGGCGAAGGAGCUGGCAGAGUCGGUGCAGCAGCUACGGGAACUGUCAGACAUGCGUGAGCAGGAGGCCUCUUGUCGGUUGGCCAAUGUCGAGGGACGCACCGACGGCGAGUUCCAGAGGGUGAUCGCCCUUGCAGAAGAACGCGUGAUGAGCUUCCUCCGUGAGUCAGAGCUUGAGCGGGCGCGGCUUUGGCAUCAAAUGUCAGUGUUGUUCCCAAGAUUCAUCCAAGAUGAGGAGGAGGACGCUGACAAGAAGAUGACACUGACGGAGGCUCGCAUGUAUGCCUUGGAUAUCCGCCUGGACACCUUAGAGGGUGGCAUCAUCCGGCUGCUGGCCCGAGAUCCCCAGUGCAUGCCGAAGCCACGGCGACGGUACACCCGCCGCGUGCAAGACGAUCCAGAUGUCGACUUAUGCGUCGCCAAUCGCAGCCCUAGCCCGCAGCAAGGGAAGCGCCACACCGCCUCAGGCGUCGUCAACCGCAGUCCUAGCCCGCUGCAGAUGCAAGGGAAGCGCAACACUGCAUCAGGCGAAGAGGGUGACUGCGCCACCCACGCCUCCGUGUCUCCGUCCUCCAGCCCUGAGCCACGGCCCCUGCAACUUCCGACGCUGGACCAGGCCAAGCCAGGAUCGCGUGAUUCGAAGCUGAGGGAGCUCCUGCUGCGGCAGCAGGACCUCCUUGAUCGCCAGGUUUCUGACGACCAGGGCCAUGGUGAAAGCCGUCCUCUACCGACUCGACCAGCCUCAGCUGCGCAGGCAACCACAUCGAACGGGCGUGACCUGAUCGCGCACAUUGCAACGGCCCUGCAGGAUCCACAUCUCCACAAAGCUCGCCAUCCAUCCUCGGGGAUGUCCUUAGAGAGCGCCGUGCUGGAUGUCAUGGAAGAAGCAAGGUCAGCCUACGACGACGUCGCUGAGGCCAUGCGGGGUCUGGGCCAGUCGAACCCGAAUAGCGGGCGCUGGCGCGCAGGCGAUGCUGCUUCCGGGCGAGUGCUGGAGCAGGCACAGGGCAUCAGCCAUCAAUCUGCCAAGCAACGAAAAGCCUUCCGUCCCUGGUCUCCGCCCUACAAGCCAUUUCGGCCCGUGGAGCAUUUGCGCGGUUUCUAG